UCUUUCUAUCUAUUCGCCGGACCACGAUGCCAUGCGUCGGGUUGUCGUCACUGGUCUAGGAGCGGUCUCUCCCUUGGGUGUUGGCAUCCGUCGCACCUGGUCCCGUCUAUUAGAUGGUCACUGUGGCAUUGUCAAUGUCCGUGAGCGUGGCCCCAGGUUCGCGGAGGUACCGUGUCAGAUUGCCGCCGUUGUGCCCCAGGGUACGCGGCAGGAUGGCGGGUGGAAUGCUUCCGAGUGGUUGAGUAGGGAUGAAGAGCGCAAAAUGGCUCGCUUCGCCCAGUAUGCGCUGGCCGCUUCUGAGGAAGCUCUUGAUGAUGCGGGGUGGAUGCGGACGACGGCGGAGCAGAAGGAAGCUACGGGAAUUUGUUUGGGAUCGGGGAUUGGGAACUUUGACGAGAUCUAUGAUACUGUCGUCGCCUAUGAGAAGGGGGGCUAUAAAAAAGUCUCCCCCCUGUUUGUACCCAAGUUGUUGAUCAAUCUGGGCGCAGGCCAUAUCUCCAUGAAGCAUGGAUUCAUGGGCCCCAACCAUACGGCAACGACGGCGUGCACCACUGGCGCCCAUUCCAUCGGUGAUGCCGCUCGCUUCAUUGCCUGUGGCGACGCCGAUGUCAUGCUGGCUGGCGGAGCCGAGUCGUGCAUCCAUCCCCUGGCCAUCGGGGGAUUUGCACGAGCGCGCAGCUUGGCCACUAGCUAUAACGAUGACCCCGAGAAGGCAUCGCGGCCGUUCGACGCGGAUCGCGAAGGCUUCGUCGUUGGGGAAGGGGCCGCGAUGGUGGUCCUCGAGGAACUGGAUCACGCAAAGGCGCGAGGCGCCAGCAUCUACGCCGAGCUGAAGGGCUACGGCUGUUCCGGCGAUGCUUACCAUAUGACGGCUCCCAAGGAGAACGGCGAGGGCGCCUUCCUGGCGAUGAAAAAGGCGCUGAAGAAUGCGCAUCUCCCCCCCUCUGCGGUCGACUACGUCAACGCACAUGCCACAUCGACGGUCGUGGGAGACGCCGCCGAGAACGCCGCUAUCAAGACCCUCCUGCUCGGUCCGGGGGGGAAGCAGCGCGCGAAUGAAGUGAACAUCAGCAGUACUAAAGGCGCAGUGGGCCAUCUCCUGGGCGGAGCGGGCGCUAUAGAAGCGGUCUUUAGUGUUCUGGCUAUCCACGAGAAUACCAUGCCGCCGACGAUCAACCUGCAGCGUCUCGCUGACGGGUUCGACUGUAAUUACGCGCCGAACGAGGCCCAGGAGCGCUCGAUCGAAGUGGCAUUGACCAAUAGCUUUGGAUUUGGAGGGACGAAUAGCUCUUUGUGCUUUUCGAGACUGAGGUGAUGCUGGGUUGGCUGUAUUUGUAUCUUGUAUAUACCUACCUGCGUUGUAAAUGUAAACACGGCUUUGGAUUGCAU